AUGGCCCCUACUACGGAGACUGCCUCGCCCAUUGGCAUUGCCAAUCUGCCCAACCAACGGCACAAGAUUGUUGCUAAGCGGGGUGCGGCGUUUACUAUCAUGGUUGCUGGAGAGUCAGGAUUGGGAAAGACCACUUUCAUCAACACUCUGUUUUCGACUACCAUCAAGAACUACGCCGACCACAAGCGCCGUCACCAGAAGCAGAUCGACCGUACCGUCGAGAUCGAGAUCACCAAGGCCGAGCUGGAGGAGAAGUUCUUCAAAGUUCGUCUGACCGUCAUUGACACCCCGGGUUUUGGAGACUACGUCAACAACCGUGACUCCUGGCAACCCAUCAUCGAGUUCCUCGACGACCAGCAUGAAUCGUACAUGUUGCAAGAGCAGCAGCCCCGUCGCACAGACAAGAUCGAUAUGCGUGUGCACGCUUGCUUGUACUUCAUCAGACCGACAGGCCACACCUUGAAGCCCCUCGACAUUGAAGUGAUGAAGCGGUUGAGCUCACGUGUCAACCUCAUCCCCGUCAUUGCCAAGGCCGAUACUCUUAGCCCCGCGGACCUGGCACGCUACAAGACGAGGGUUCAAAAUGUGAUCGAAGCCCAGGGAAUUAAGAUCUACACCCCACCGAUCGAGGAAGACGAUGAGCACGCCGCCGCCCACGCCCGUAGCUUGAUGGCUGCCAUGCCCUACGCCGUGAUUGGAUCCGAGAAAGAUGUCAAGACCCACGACAACCGUGUCGUCAAGGGUCGUCAGUACGCUUGGGGUGUUGCUGAAGUCGAGAACGAGGACCACUGCGACUUCAAGAAACUGCGUUCGAUUCUUAUCCGCACCCACAUGCUCGACCUCAUCCACACCACCGAGGAACAACACUACGAGGCGUACCGUGCACAGCAGAUGGAGACGAGGAAAUUUGGCGAGGCCCGGCCCAGGAAGCUGGACAAUCCCAAGUUCAAGGAAGAAGAGGAAUCCCUACGGAAGCGUUUCACGGAGCAGGUCAAGGUGGAGGAGCAACGGUUUCGCCAGUGGGAACAGAAGCUCAUUGCCGAGAGAGACCGUCUCAACAAGGACUUGGAAGCUACACAUGCUGCGAUCAAAUCACUCGAGCAAGAGAUCGAGCAUCUGCAGGGCCCGAGCACCCGAAGCCACGGACGUCGUUAA